CCAAUAGGUAAUAAUUAUCUCGGUUGACGCCGGGCCUUUACCAUAUUAAUACAGUUAGCGGCUUCAACAGAUUUGCCCCUGUUCACAGUAACUUUUAUGCACGGGACGGGACUGGCCAGGCGGGGUCUUUGUUCGGCGCGCGAUUUGACGGUUGCUGUGGCGGAGUGCGCGCGGGAGAGGAUGUCGCUGUCAAACCGCGGCGCGAGUGAUGGGGCGGCGGGCGCGCGACAGCUGCAGGAGCUCGAGCUGCAGAUCGACCAGACUGCUUUGUAUUUAACUAAAGUUUGGGAAAUCACAUCAUCACUCUCAGCUCAAGUUGAAGACCUGAGCGCAAAAUGUUCAGCAAAUACACAGUUUUUGAAAGCAUGGAGGGAUCUUCUCAAAGAGGGAUAUGAAUCCCUGAAACCGUGCAAUUGAUCAGAAAGAUACACAAUAUUAUCCUUCACGAAGAAAGAACAUGAAUUUUCAUGAUGGAAGCAUGAUGAAUUGCUUUUAAAGUCAAAGAAACUGUCAUCAACAGUAAAUCAAAUUCAAGCUGCAUUUUAUUACUAUCUCAUGCUGCUGUGAAGGAUGAUAAACUUGGUGCACUUAAGGAUGUUUUAUAUAACUUUUGUAAGUCACUACUACUUUGAUCCCAAAAUAAACCUUUUGUCAAUAAACUGAAAAUUUGUUUGCAUCUUUUAAGUUCAAUAUCGUUGAAUUGGCGGGAAGACGAAUUAAAUUUGGGAAUUUAUGUUUGGAACAGGAAUAGUACUUUACAGUUAAAUUAUGUUUGUACUUGGUUAAAACUUGAUUAUAAAGAUCUGAGCAAAAAGUGGGGUAGAGACUGAUAAAUUUUCAUUACAUCAUUUCCUGUGAUGACUUUUCUUGAGUCCACUUCAGUGUUUGGAAAUGCAAUUAUUGAAGGUUUGCUGAACCACCUUUCUAUGAAUAUUAUUCUGCAAAUGGAUCCUCACAUUUCUGUAUUGCCUAAUGUGAACAUAUGGUCAGUGAGCCCUAAAGUUGUUUAGCAUCCGAAUGAUUACUUUCAUGUCAUCAGAAACAUGUUUGAUGUGUUCUGUUUGUUACAGUACCUAUUUCACAGCCAAUUGUGUGCAGGGAAACAGUGUAUUGAAUUCUGUGACUGUUUCUCUGUUUAAGAUUUAAACCAUCUUUUCCUUUUUGAGAUUUGCAAUCACAGUGGCAAUUGCAUUCUCAAACAUUUCCAUACAUUUUAUUUGCCCAAGUAUCAAAAUGGAGAUCAGUGCAUUUUUAGCAGCAAUUGUCUAUUAUUGUUCCUCUUGGGAGUUGUCUAUAAAAUUAUUUGAUAAACUAAAUAUUGAAACCUUUUUAAAAUUGUCAAAUCUUUCAAUCAUAAUGGGCUUGACAUUUUGACUUGAAUUAUUAAAGGUAAAAAUCAGUACAUAUUAUGACCAUGUUUUCUAAAAUGUAAAGCAAAAUAUUGGAAAUAAUCUGCAGGUCAAGCAACAUCGGUGGAGGAAAUGGACAUUUCAGUGACCUUUUGUUAGAAUCAUUGACCUGUCUCCACAGAUGGCUGAUCUAUUAAAUAGUUACGAAGUUUUCUGUUUUAUCUCAGUCUUCAACAUCUUUAGUUCCUUUACUUUUUUUGGUCUAUUUUAACAGAUCUAAUUUUUUGUGACUUUUUAAAAUUUCCUUUGUGACUUGAAGAUGUUUCUUUUGAUACUAUUGGUAGAAGUUUUAUAAACAUUAUCCUAUGCAUUAUUGCACUGAAUAUUUGUUUGGAUUAAGUAUCUUGUGUAUUUAAAUUAACCAAUAGAACUUUUUCAGAAAAAUGUUAUUUGGGCUUUUGCUUUAUAUACAAAUAUUGUCAAAUUCUUGAACUAUAAACGUUGCAUCUUGACAAUUAAUUGCAAUGUAAAAAUUAGUUACUUAACCCUUGGAAUUUUAGGAAGCUGUUUCAAUGGUUAGUAUGCUAUGUUUAUUUAACCACAAAAUUUAAGGGUUUUUGUUUGCAAUAAAAUUGUCUACUUUCUUAACGUG